AUGUCUACUCUACCCCCAACCUCGUCGCCGUUCACACAGGCCGUAGUGAGCUCCAUGAGGAAGAUCUACCCGGAAUCUUUGGCGGACAAAAGCUUUGAUAAUACUGGCCUACUCCUCGAAGCACCCUACAACCAUACUCGAAGGCAGAGAAACUCGGUCCUCCUAACCAUUGACCUCACCAAAGCCGUCGCUGAUGAAGCUAUCGCACGGAAAGAUUCGGUCGUGGUAGCCUACCACCCGAUUAUAUUCCGCGGCCUGAGAUCCCUCACCUUCAACGAUCCACAACAACAAUCCCUCCUCCGAUUAGCACAGGAGGGCAUCAGCGUCUACUCACCACACACAGCUGUCGACGCCACACCAGGCGGAAUGGGCGACUGGCUCUGCGAUAUCGUCACCGACGCAAUCACCCCAUCAGAGCCCACACCGGCAAUCCAAAAGUCCUCUUCCCAGCUCUACUCCCAACCCACAUAUCCUCGACCGGGCCCUGUUUCCCCUUCUUCUUCUUCUUCUUCCGCCUCUGUAGUUCCACAUACCCGCAGCACCAUCCAUCCCUCCCCACCCCCUGUCCCCGAAGGCAUGGAGUCCGCAGGCAUGGGCCGCCUUGUUACAUUCGACACCCCGCAGCCUCUAACCGCCAUAAUCGACCGAAUUGCGCGCGGGGUUGGCGCCCCCGGCGGAAUCCCCGUUGCCAUUCCGCAGUCCGCGUCAGUGGAUACGAUGAACAUCCGCACUGUUGGUGUCUGCCCGGGCUCGGGAUCGAGUAUCCUGCUCAAGGUGCCCCGCGGUAAAGUUCCCGAUUUGCUCUUCACGGGCGAAAUGAGCCACCAUGAGACGUUGUCUGCGAUCGAGGGCGGCGCUGUGGUGGUUGCGCUCGCGCAUUCGAAUACAGAGAGGGGAUACCUGCAUGCGGUUAUGCGGGGGAAACUAGAGGAGGUAUUAAAGAAGGAGUGGGAGGCUUCGAGGGCUGAGGGUGCACAGUCGAGUGAUCUGAGGGAGAUCUACAAUGACAGCGAGUGCAUGGUGCAUGUUAGUGAAAAGGAUCGGGAUCCGUACGGGAUCAUGAUUCGACAGGCCUGA